ACUUAGGGAAGUAAUGACACCAGAAUGCACGGUGAGUAGAAAACAAGCAUGCAGAAAUAAGUGUGAUGGUAGGAGCAAUGUUCUGCUGGAAAACCCUAAGUUAGGCAAGGCUGCUUAAUGUUUUAGUUUAUCUAUUUACAUUCAGAGUGUUAAUGAUCUUCUUUGUUGUUUCUACAAACACACCCAUACCACAUCUAAUCCAGUAUAUUUUUACCUCAAAGACUUCUGAGCAUGAGUGAAGGAGUAUGGGUGGUGGGCCGUAUGUCUACUGGUGGCCUGCCUUGGGAUAUGAACAGGGUUACACAUCUGAACACUCUUUUCCUGCAACUGUUUCCUCAAGCUCUUCUCAGCUGGGCAGUGGAGAGAUCUUACAAUCAGAAAUUUAACCACAGGCUGUACGGACUGCAGCCUUGCCACAGACGCUCUAGUCUAAUUACAGCUGCUCUCAAGAUGGACUAUAUCACUUACUUGGAUUCCAUUGCAGAGGAAAUCGGUGUGCAUCCCAACCUCUUGUGGUUGUUCUUGAUGGAUCCUGGUUUGGGUUUGGUCCCUGCACACCGCACAAGUUUAGGCUGAGUGGGCCGGGUCGGUGGGGCGGAGCGCGUCAGGCCAUCUUCACCCAGUGGGAGCGUGUAACCUGGCCAUUCAAGACACGCCCCAUUCCAGAGGACAAAACUUCAACACUACACUACUGGCUGGGUCUGGCAGGAGGGGUGAUGCUGAUUUUUGCUCUCACUGAAUUGCAGAAGAGAAAUAAACCUUUCUUCAGUAUAUAGUAUUGCCUGUAUAACAUAGUCUGCUCUAAAGAUUUGCAUUCAUGUAGGAUGUGUUCUACACAUUAAAUACCUGAAAAUGGUAAUUCUGCACAAAAGAAAAAUUGGCAUGUGACCACUGGUGAACUGCAAGUUUUUUAUUCUUUUAUUUUUUUAAUUGAAGACUGGACUUUGUCUGAUCAUUUUAAACCAUUAAUGUUGCUGAGUUUUAAACCAAUUAGUUGUGCUGAUAUUGGCAUUGAUUCAGAAAAAAUCUAGAUGAAUGGGCACUCUGGAGGUAUACAAGCAAGAAAGGACUAUGACUGCAGUGAGGGCUUGGGUUAAAAACAGACCAUGUUAAAA